UUUUUGACAAAAAGAUUAGUUUAAAUAAAAAAUUUUUGAACUAUAUUUAAUAUACAUUUUUCUAGUGAGGGAUAUAGUAUUGAAAUUAAUAUCAUAACUGAAAAAAAUUAUGUGCGCUUACAAUACAGCAGUGAUCGGUGUCUUAUUAUUAGGACUGGCACUCAUGUGUUUUGGCCAACGACCAGCACCGGGACAACGGGGACCGCCUAAUAAUAGUCCACUCAUGCGAAUCAAGAGCUCUGUAGACAAAAAGUUGUGCUCCGAUACCGACUAUAGUCAGGAUAUAAUCGCCAAAAUAGAGGACUGCGAUAAAUUUGAUCCGCACUAUAAAAUUGAUAUGAUGUAUAAAGAGUGUCAAGAGUUGGUCCCAUCCGGUGAUCUCAACUGGAAUGACAAACGAAAAUUUAAUUGCAAAAUCCGUGACUGCUAUGAACGCAAAUACCAGUCACCAGAUUAUCAAAAAACUUGGGAUGAAAUUAGAAAGUUGUCGGACAUGGAGAUUGAAAAAAGACAAAUUCAAAAAUUUGAAUGUUUGCAAAAGGCAAUGUAGUUAAACAAUUUACAAUUAAUAAGCAAGCAUAAUUUAGAUACAAAACAAAAAAAUUGUUGACCACAAUUGUAUUUUUUUUAAAUGUAAUUUGUCUCUAUGUAUGUAUGUAACUGUAAUUUUUUGUAAUUAUAUUUUUAAGUUGUUUAAAAAAAUAUUGA